AUGGCCCGUUUCUAUCCUUCUCCUCCUCUCAGUUUACACCCGGACUCACUUCCAUUCGGCCGGGCUUCUUCUCAGAACGAGCGCGAGAGACAAACAGUGACCCCUCCCUCAUCUGUAACAGAUGGCGCUCGUUUGGUCCCUUCUCACCAUGCCUAUCCCUGUUCGACAAUCGGAAACUGGACGAGUCCCCCUUCCGGCAGUUCAGAGACGGCGAUGUCUCACCACCAUCACCACCACUACGAUUCUCAUCCAUGGAAGGCACCGCUCUACCGGCCCUCUUCCUCGCCAUCUGAUGCUUCAUCAUCCGAUGAGGAAGUGCCGAGUCUUUUCCCUACCUUUGGGGUCGAGUCUUCUGGGUGGUCAUCUUACCUGGCCGCACCCAGUAACCCGGAGUCCAAACAAGUAAAGCCCGAACUAGGGCACUUUCAAGAGAGCAAAAGCUCGCUACUCUGGUCACGAGCGCCAGAGAACCAGGUCUAUGGCGGUUCGCUUGAAUCUGGCACCUAUUCCGUACCUUCUCAUAUAGCUGCACCGUACUCAACACGGCCAGAUACCUUUAAAACGGCUUGUCCUACCCCACGGUUGCCACCGCCGUCACUGGCUUUCCCGAGCUCAAGUCAUUGUUCGUUGCCUUCUGACAAAGUGAAGACCCAUGCAAACAGACCGGGGUCUCACCAUAAGGAUCCACGACCUAGUCCUGACGACACCGGAGAGGAGGCAAACUCGGAAGCUCCGUAUUCCUGCCUUAUCGAGAAAGCUCUCCUCGAGGCACCUGAUAAGAAACUCACGCUUCAGGAUAUUUACAGCUGGUUCGAGAAGCGCACGAUUAAAGGGAGAGAUCGUUCUUCUAAAGGCUGGCAAAAUAGCGUGCGACACAAUCUCUCGAUGAACGCGGCAUUUGAAGCAAUUCGAGAGGAGGAACCCGGCAAGAAGGCCCAGAAUUACUGGCGCCUAACGGAAGAAGCCGUCAAAUAUGGGGUUCAGUCUACAACACGGUACCGAAAGCAAGCGAGUAACAAGAAGACAUCCAGUGCAGACCCACCAGCACCCCAACGCCAGCGGUCAGGGGCGAAAGGGGGAAAAGCUACGAAGAUCAAGAUCAAGCUCCGUGGGCGCCCAUCAGGCCAAGACGAGCUGCGAAAAGAGAAAUGUCAGCGGGGAAUACCACAACAAGCGCUGCAAAAAAUGAUCUAUAGCCAUGGAACUCUUUCUAGUACCACCGCGGCACCAACCACGACAGCGGUGAUAUCAUCUUUCCAUGUGUCAGGGCCGGUCACACAGUUAGCAAGCGAGUCAUUCGACUUGAACAAUGUAGUUGGUUGUGCAGAAGCCCCUUCAGGUGCGUCCUUCUACUAUGAUUACGACAUGACAGGAUCAGCACCGCCUGUUCUACCGGUAGCAAUCGGUAACAGCAACAUGCUGGAAUGGGGGAGCCUUCCGUCGUUUUCGGCCGGGAUGAUGACUGCGCCUGGGAUCACGGCGGAUAUUCACCUAGGGCGAUAG